AUGUUGAUCAUGAACAUACACAUCGAACCCCUCCUGCCUCACCAUGCUAAAUAUGAUCUCAUGUCGCGUGCAGCUCGAAGUAUUCCUAGCAGCAACACGUGCCUCUCAUUCCUUGCUGGAGAUUUUAACUUUGUCGAGGAGGACGAUGUGCGCAUCCCCCUCGAUGGCAGCGAGCCCACUGUAGGGAGCACUACAUUGGCCAGGCACUUCGGCACCGUCUUCCCAUCCUUCUGCGAGAUUGCGCAGACGGACUGCACCCACAGGACUCAAGUGCGUAACAUGGUCACCUCGGUCGCUCGGCUCGACAGGAUCUACACGAAUGCCCCAACUGGAGAAAUACUCGACUGGCACCCCAAAUCUGGUACAAUUGGUCUCGCGCACGACAUCGAUGAGGUGUCCGAUCACAUUCCUGUUUAUCUGCUGUUAUCUCCUGGUUCCUCUAAGAGUCAGAGCAUUCCCAGAUGGGUCUCAGAGCAUCCCGAGUUCGGUCCUGCUAUCGAAUCCCUCAUCGAAGAAGUUGGCCUCGUCGGCUCCCCGUUCCAACAGCUGCGCCUGCUGAAGGACAUCUUUUUCGCCGCCAGGGAGGAGCUGACUCAUCGGAUGUUCAAGGGCGGGGUCCUGACCGACAAGCAAAAGAUCGCGGUGUGCCUAAAAGCCAUGAGCUCGAUCGUGACAGGUCUGCUCCCGAAUUUGAAGAAGUGCGUGAUUGUCAUUGCCGUGGAGUUCGAUAGAACCGAGCUUAACCAAGAGUUCAAAAAGUGGGGUAUCAACAUAAAGCCUUUCCAGGUCGACACUCAUGGGAAAUAUCUGGGGGUGAUGAUCGGCCCUACUGGGCCUGCGGCAUCGUGGCAUCCUGUGCUGGUCAAGUAUCUUUCCAGGAUCGGGCACAUUAAGACGCUGAAGCUCGGUUUAGUUCAGAACAUCUAUGCCUGCAACUCGCUAGCUUUCCCGAUCUUGACGUACAUGAUGCAGGUACUGCCGGUUAGGCCCGAGGUGAUUCGAGCCGAAACGAACGCUCUUCAAAGGCUGACCAUGGGCCCAAGGUUCGCCAUCCCCACCCUUGUCCUCAAGAACUCCCUGGAACUUGGGUUCCCUGUCGAGCCCCGCCACCUCCAGGCCACGAACAAGGCCGCUAUGUUUCGGGUCGCUCUUCAGAGUUCAGCCUUCGCUAGAGUGAAGGAACGCCUGCAUUUUCUUGAGCACGAAGACCUCGAACGACUGGCUGUUGUUCGGCACAGGUCUUGGCUUGCAGAGUCUAUGUGCGGCUCCCUGAUCAAGAAUUGGGACGAGCUCAUGACGAUUUGCCCGUCGAUAAAUGAAUACACGCACGAUGUCCAACGAAAAGUCACGAUUGCCGUUGCCGAGAACAUGGGCGAGUGCGAUGCGAGCGGAAUGUGCUGGCACAAGCGUACUUAUGCUGAGGUGGCGAAGGGCGUUGAGAAAUACCAGGUCUCAUGCAAGUGUGACGAGAGUACGGCCGCGCCAGUUACGGACGGCGAGUGCGAUGCGAGCGGAAUGUGCUGGCACAAGCGUACUUAUGCCGAGGUGGCGAAGGGCGUUGAGAAAUACCAGGUCUCAUGCAAGUGUGACGAGAGUACGGCCGCGCCAAUUACGGACGGUACAGACACCUCAGACGAUUCGUCACCAGAGUCGCCAUCAUGUGACGGAGUCUGGGCGCCAAUCAGUUCUUGUGAAGGCGAGUGCGAUGCGAGUGGGAUGUGUUGGUACAAGCGUACUUAUGCCGAGGUGGCGAAGGGCGUUAAGGCGUACCAGGUCUCAUGCAAGUGUGACGAGAGUAAGGCCGCACCAAUUACGGACGGUACAGACACACCAAUCUCAGACGAUUCGUCACCAGAGUCGCCAUCAUGUGAUGGGGUUUGGGCGCCAAGUAGCUCUUGUGAAGGCGAGUGCGAUGCGAGUGGGAUGUGUUGGUACAAGCGUACUUAUGCCGAGGUGGCGAAGGGCGUUAAGGCGUACCAGGUCUCAUGCAAGUGUGACGAGAGUAAGGCCGCACCAAUUACGGACGGUACAGACACUUCACCAAUCUCAGACGAUUCGUCACCAGAGUCGCCAUCAUGUGAUGGGGUUUGGGCGCCAAGUAGCUUUUGCGAAGGCGAGUGCGAUGCGAGUGGGAUGUGUUGGUACAAGCGUACUUAUGCCGAGGUGGCGAAGGGCGUUAAGGCGUACCAGGUCUCAUGCAAGUGUGACGAGAGUACGGCCGCGCCAAUUACGGACGGUACAGACACCGCAGACGAUUCGUCACCAGAGUCGCCAUCAUGUGAUGGGGUUUGGGCGCCAAGUAGCUCUUGUGAAGGCGAGUGCGAUGCGAGUGGGAUGUGUUGGUACAAGCGAACUUAUGCCGAGGUGGCGGAGGGCGUCGAGAAGCAUCAGGUCUCAUGCAAGUGUGAAGAGAGUACAGUCUCGCCGACCACGACCACUACGAGUACUACGAUGACGACCACCAGCACCACAGCCAGCAGCACUAUUUCUUCACCACCAGCACCAGCACCACCAGCACCACCACCAGCACCACCAGCACCACCACCAGCACCAUCCUCAACUUCAAGCACUACCAGCAGCCCGGCUUCCACAAGCACUACCACUUCCACAGUGACGGUUCAGUCCACGACGUCGACGUCAUCUUCGACCACCAGUUCAGCAUCGGCUACAACGGAUGAUGAUGGGAGUCCCGGGAGCGCGCGGGCGAAUGGGGCGUGCAGCCUUGUUCUCUCGUUCGCAGCACUGCUUGGCGUCUCGCAGCUCUGA